AUGGCUUCCGGUUUGCAGAGAUAUUUUUCUCUGCUUCUCUUAUUACAGGAUGGUGGCGAAGGUCACGUUGGAACGGUUCGCAACUUUGAAUCACAGGAGGAAGUGGUCGUCGUCUGGGACAACGGAACGGCCGCCAACUAUCGGUGUGCCGGGGCCUACGAUCUGCGCAUCCUGGACAGUGCCCCGACCGGUAUCAAACACGAGGGUACAAUGUGCGAUACCUGCCGCCAGACGCCGAUUUUCGGCAUUCGCUGGAAGUGUGCCGAGUGUACCAAUUACGAUCUGUGCUCGAUCUGCUAUCAUGGCGAUAAGCAUCAUCUGAGACAUCGGUUCCACCGGAUUUCCACGCCCGGUGGGGAGAAAACUUUGCUCGAACCUCGUCGGAAGACGAAGAAGAUAGCGGUAAGAGGCAUAUUCCCAGGAGCACGAGUGGUACGAGGAGUAGACUGGCAGUGGGAGGACCAGGACGGAGGAAAUGGCCGACGUGGCAAGGUGAACGAGAUUCAGGAUUGGUCGUCAGCUUCACCACGAUCGGCGGCUUACGUGGUUUGGGACAAUGGAGCCAAGAAUCUGUACCGGGUCGGUUUCGAGGGUAUGGCUGAUCUGAAAGUUGUCAAUGAUUCCAAGGGGACUAAUGUAUACCGUGAUCAUUUACCUUUGUUGGGAGAGUAUGGACCCGGUCGAGGUCCUCACAGUUUCCAAAUCGGAGAUCAAGUGACAGUAGAUUUGGAUAUAGAAAUAGUUCAAUCGUUGCAACAUGGACACGGCGGCUGGACCGACGGAAUGUACGAGUGCUUGAAUACUACCGGAACGGUAGUAGGCAUCGAUGAGGAUCAUGACAUCGUGGUAGCCUACCCGAGCUCCCACCGAUGGACUUUCAACCCAACGGUGCUGACAAUAGUUUCAUCCCCAGCUUCGAUGCAAAGCGAAAAUCAGUCCCAACAGUUUGCCGUUGGAGACUUUGUUAAAAUUUGCAGUGAUCUCGAACGGAUUAAAAUUCUGCAGCGUAACCACGGCGAGUGGGCCGAAGCGAUGAUUCCAACCCUUGGCAAGGUUGGACGGGUGCAACAAGUUUACCACGACAACGACCUGAAGGUGGAAGUUUGUAACACUUCGUGGACGUACAAUCCCCUGGCGGUGACCAAAGUGGCUUCUGCCUCGGAUGGUUCUGCUGCGGUGACUACAAACGGAGAACGUUUGUCGGCAAUUUUGAAGAAACUGUUUGAACCGCACGCUUCCGGUGACACCACCGAAGAACUGGUGAAGGCCGCUGCAAACGGAGACGUAGCCAAGGUGGAAGAACUGCUCUCGGGGGCUAACAACCAGAACGUGGCAUCUUCUUCAUCGGGUGGACAGGAUUCAUCGCAAGUGGUGAAGGUCGAUGUGAAUGGAGUGUUUGCAGGCCAUACUGCACUGCAGGCCGCCAGCCAAAAUGGUCACCUAGAGGUGAUUCAAGUAUUGCUCCGCUACAAGGCUGAUGUCGAGAUUGAGGACAAAGACGGUGACCGGGCAGUUCAUCAUGCAGCAUUUGGGGAUGAGCCCGGUGUUAUGGGUCUUCUGGCUGAAGCAGGAGCCGAUUUGAAUGCACGCAACAAACGACGUCAAACUGCCCUGCACAUUGCCGUCAACAAAGGACAUUUCAAUGUUGUUAAGACGCUUCUUGAACUAAGUUGCCACCCAAGUUUGCAAGAUUCCGAAGGGGACACACCGCUGCACGACGCUAUUUCAAAAGAGCACGAUAACAUGCUCUCACUGCUACUAGACUUUACCGCAGACAUCACCUUGACCAACAACAACGGCUUCAACGCUUUACAUCAUGCGGCACUGAAAGGUAAUCCAAGCGCUAUGAAGAUUCUGCUCACGAAGACCAACCGUUUGUGGAUCGUUGAAGAGAAGAAAGAAGAUGGCUAUACGGCUCUGCAUCUGGCGGCCCUCAACAACCAUGUAGAAAUUGCCGAACUGUUGGUGAAGAUGGGUAAGGCCAACAUGGACUGUCAGAACGUAAAUCUUCAAACUGCGCUGCAUCUGGCAGUAGAACGCCAGCAUGUUCAGAUCGUUAAACUGCUGGUUCGGGAAGGGGCCAACUUGAACAUCCCGGACAAGGAUGGCGAUACGCCAUUGCACGAAGCGUUGCGGCACCAUACCUUAUCGCAGUUACGCCAACUGCAGGACGUUGAAGGUUUCGGAAAGAUUCUGAUGGGACUGCGAAAUAACACCGACAAAAAGGCGUCCGCUUCGAUUGCUUGUUUCCUUGCGGCUAAUGGAGCUGACCUUACGAUCAAGAAUCGUAAACUGCAGACCCCCUUGGAUCUUUGCCCGGAUCCGAACUUGUGCAAGACGCUUAUUAAGUGCUACAACGAACGCAAAACCGAUGAUAUGGAUAUGGCACAGGCAACGAGCGGCCCUCCAGCUGCCCCUGCUAUGAUACGCAAUGGAACGGCAAACACCGUGGGCCCGGCAUCUACUUCAGGUCUCGGUCAGGCCCUUUCCGCAGUAGCAUCGACAGGAGGCAUACCACCGGGUGUGGUCGAUGGAAACUUGCUGAACGAUCUUAAUAAAAUGUCGAUCCAACCGAACGUAACCGGCCAAUCGGCCAACAUAGCUAUACCGGGAACCAAUGGGUCGCCGCUCGACGAAUGUUUGCUGUGCUCCGAUCAGAAACGGGACACGAUAUUCAAACCAUGUGGACAUGUAGUGUGCUGCGAAAAUUGUGGUCCUCGUAUCAAGAAAUGUUUAAUAUGUCGCAAAUCUGUAUCGGAACGUGAGAAGAUUGGCGAAUGUUUGGUCUGUUCCGAUCGUAAGGCAUCGGUGUUCUUCAAGCCCUGCGGUCACAUGGUGGCUUGUGACAAUUGCGCACAAAUAAUGAAAAAAUGUGUCCAAUGUCGCACUCAGCUGGAACAGAAGGUUCCACUCUCUGUGUGCAGUGGUGGUCCAGGCCAGGUUGUAACGGUUCAGCAGGAGAAAAAAGAACCGGCCGCCACGCUUCUACAAGGCAUUAAUAAAAGCGGUCACGAGGUGGCCAUGAAUAACACUAUGUCCCCGAAUGUCGGUGGACUCUCGGGAACACCAACUUCGUUGACUACAUCGAACAACUUUGGAAACAACAGCAGUGGUAGCGGCGUGGCCCCAAAUAAUCUCAACCUGGUAGAUGAUUUACAGAAGCUUCAACAACAACUCCAAGAUAUCAAGGAGCAGACCAUGUGUCCUGUAUGCUUCGAUCGUAUCAAAAACAUGGUCUUCCUGUGCGGGCACGGAACCUGUCAGAUGUGUGGAGAUCAAAUCGAGGGAUGCCCUAUUUGUCGGAAGACGGUGGAAAAACGAAUCCUGCUGUUUUAAUUGGAGCACACAAAUCAAAAACAAACUCAAUGAAUUUACAUAUUGUAGAUGUAUUUUUUAACAACUGAUGUUAUAGACAGAGUUUGACGUUAUCAUGUUAGGUUUAUGUUUAUCGUCCUAACAGCUGCAGUUAAAUUGCGUUAUUAUUAUUUGUGACCGGAUUUGUUUCGAACGUUUGUACGUUUUUUAUGUUUAAAAUUAAUGUCUUCUUACCUUUCACGAUGUGAAAAAUCUGCCUUAUAGAGAAAGCGUUUUUUUUUUGUUUUUUUUUUAUCCGAGAACAUUCUAUGUAUUAGGAAGAACUUUAUAUUUUGUCCUACGAAAAUCCCCCUAUCCAGCUUUGAACUAUUAUAUUCUAAAAGUUUAAACCAGAAGUUGACGAACUAUAUGAUAAUUAGUAGUUUUAACUAAGAUAAUGAAAUAUCAUUUUAUCGCACAUACACCCAGUUUGAAAUGUAUAACUUAUUGUGCCGUAUACUGUACCAGUCCUUGAGACAAACUUAUAUCGAAAUAGCUUCACCGAACGGAACAAUCAUAUUAGUGCGCAUAGCAAGACACCUUCAACACUUGAACAUUCAAACAAAAACCUAAAUAAAUAGCAGAAAUAGGUAUUCUUAUUCAAACAAUUAUUCUUGGCAACAUAUGGUGUAUUUACACACACACACAAUAUCUUUAAAUACAUUCAGAGUAAUA